AUGCCGGAAAUCACCCAGUUUAAGGAAGAAAUGUGGUUUGGGGGAAAGAGGGUGGGGAAAGGAAGGGGGUUGAUCAGAGGUGCUCUGCAGGUGGGCAGGGAGGUGUGUGGGAAGCCCAGGUUCUCCAGGAGCCUGCUUGCUCGCAUUGCCAACGGGCGAUACGCCCAGAGAGGGAUCUCGCCGUGGGUCGCCAUGCUGCAGAGGAACGGGCGCCCCUUUUGCGGGGGGUCCCUCCUAGACAACCAUCAGGUCACCAUCUUGGCCCUUUCUUGUUCCCCAGGAAACAGGUGGAUCGUGACGGCCGCUCACUGUCUCCACCAUGAACUCGACCUGGAGAAUCCUGUCCUCCGAAGCUCCGACGUGAUCAGCCCUUCGUCGUUCAAGGUGAUCCUAGGGAAACACAGAACCCAAAGGGAAGAUGACACAGAGCAGCAGCUGCAGCCCCGAAGAAUCUCCAUCCACCCAUCUUACAAGGCGCCCACCUUUGAGUAUGACAUCGCCCUGGUGGAACUGUCUGAAGAGGCCAGGAUGAAUGAUUACGUGAUGCCCGUUUGCUUUCCAGACAGAGCCUACCCCAAAGACACCAUGGUCAUCGUCAGUGGUUGGGGGAAGCAGUUCCUGCAACGUCUCCCAGAUGCCCUGAUGGAGAUUGAGAUCCCAUUGACAGACCACGCAGUGUGCAAAGAAGCCUAUCGCAAGCUGCAGAAGGUCGUGACGGGAGACAUGAUCUGCGCUGGAGAAAGACAAGGAGGAAAAGAUGCUUGCAGCGGAGACUCCGGAGGCCCCAUGGUCACUCUGAACAACCAGACUGGCCAGUGGCAGCUCAUAGGGACAGUGUCUUGGGGCGAUGGGUGUGGCUUGAAUGACCGCUAUGGAGUGUAUUCCAACGUCCUCCUGACUCUGCCUUGGAUUAAGCAGGUCACAAGAUUGCAAUACUGAAGUCUCCAAACCGUACGAAGAACCCAAAAAAAAAAGAUUUCAGAAUCUUGCUGUCUUCAAAAAGUCUAUCAUUGAAAAGCCUGGAUCAAAGUGGUUUGGGGAAGUUUGGUUUGUGAAAGCCUUUUAAAAAAUGUGCAUGUCUUCUGCAGCACGCAGUCGUGCUUGGGAAGAAAGUCUGUUAACAAGGACUCAAAAUAAAUCUCAGGGGAAAUGCAUGGCGUGGCAGCUGGAGACACAUUUGUGGUGGGGAGGGAUUGCUGCUAAAUGAAGGAGCACGUUGUGCGCAGGUGGUUUUUAAUUCAAUCCCCAUCAUUCCUAUCCAAAAGCACCUUGGGUACCAGGUCUGCAGAAGACUCCUCUACCUGAACCCCCGAAGAGCUCCCGUGAGUUGGGGCAGACUGGGAUAGAUUGGCCCAGUGCCUAACUGGAGAGAAGGCAUCCAUGAUUUCACAGAUCUGGGGUGGAGAACCUGUAAUGUUCUUGGACUUCAACUCCCAUCAGCCGAAGCCAUCAAGGCCAAAAGUCAAGGAUGUUGGGAGCUGGAACCCAGCAAGGUUCUCCAUGCCUGGAACAGAUAGAAGAAAAGGGCACCAUCCAAAAAUCUCAGGGACUUGCUGGAAAUACCACUGUUUUGUUUUUGUUUGUUUUUUUUAAAUCUGUUAAGACCUGCUUUUGAUUCACUUUGUUUUCUUGCAUUGGGUACAUACAUUCUCAGGGCUUUGUGUAAUGCUCCCUAAAAAUAAUUAAACUCCUGCAACAAGAUAAACCAAAUUCUGCAGCCUCCGCCAAUGAUACAGAUGGAGAAAACAUGCAAUUUG